ACAAAACCGUAAUUUGCAAAAAUGACAAAACUCGUCGGGUCAAUCCGUGACAUUAUUGAGCUUUUUGAAAAAUAUUCCAAGCAGGACUGCAGCCACACCAAGCUGAACAAACAGGAACUCAACCUUCUGAUUCAGAAUGAGUUUGCAGAUGUCAUUAAGAACCCUAAAGAUCCCAAUACCAUCUCAACUUUGCUUAAAGUUCUCGACGAGAACAAUGACGGGGAAGUGGACUUCAAUGAAUUUUGCGACCUUGUCUGUAAGGUGCUGAAAAGUUAUUACAAAGUAGUGUAUGAAUCGGAUGCUGCAUGCCAAAAAGGGUUGCCAGAGAAGCAAGGUGAUACAACAAAGCAGGAUUCAUCACAGGCAAGCGUUGCCCCUCCUAAAUAUUACCAGAAGCCUGUGCACCCCGAGCCUGGUAAAAGCUCUGAAGAUAAGUCUUCACACCAUGGCCAAACUGGAAGCAGUGCAGAUCAAAGUGGUGGGCAAAUGUCAGGAGGUGCCACAUGUUCAUUAGGUAAAGUAAGCUCAGGGAAUAGCUCAACUCAGACUGAAGCACGCAGGGCUCCAGCUACACAACCAGGUACCUCAUCUUCCCAGUAUAAGCAAGAUAGUAGUCAAACAACCCAAGUAGGCAACACCUCCACCACCACCACCACUUCCGGCAGUUCCCAAAAGAGCCAACAGGAAAAAGACAAAACAACUGAAGUUGGUACCACCAGAACCUGUGCCACCUCCUUGCCAAGCAAACAGGGAACAGAUCAAACCUCACCUAAAGUAGGUACCACCACUUCCACCGUCUCCAGCUCUCAGCAGAGCCAACAGGGAACCGGUCAAACAGGUACCACCACCACCAGUUCCCAGCAGAGCCAACAGGGAAAAGAUAAAGUAUCCCAAGUAGGCACCACCACCACCACCGUCUCCUCCGGUUCCCAGCAGAGCCAACAGGGAACAGAUAAAGUAUCCCAAGUAGGCACCACCACCACCACCACCUCCUACGGUUCCCAGCAGAGCCAAAAGGUAACAGAUAAAGUAUACCAAGUAGGCACCACCGCCUCCUCCGGUUCCCAGCAGAGCCCAAAGGUAACAGAUAAAGUAUCCCAAGUAGGCACCACCACCACCGCCUCCUCCAAUUCACAGCAGAGCCAACAGGGAAAAAAUCAAACAUAUCAAGCUGGCUCCACCACCACCACUUCCUCCGGUUCUCAAGCAGGUAACACUGCCACUUCCACUAGUUCUCAGUAUCAAUAUUACAAAGAUGAUAAAAAGCAAACUCAAUCUGGCUCUGACACUUCUCAGGCCCCAACCCAGCAGGGCACCUGCUCAACCGCUGCUAAACCUAAACAGGAUAAAGACCAAACAGCACAAGUAGGUACCACCAUUACCACCGCCACAUCGCAGUCCCAAAACCAGGGGGGUAAAUCCCAGACAACUCAAGUAGGUAGCACCAUCACCACCACUUCACAAUCCCAAAAAUACCAGGAGGGUAAAGAUCAAAAAUCCCCAGCAGACCAAAAAGCUGCACAGGAUUACUCUGGACAAGCCCAACAGGAUCCUCAGAGAUUCUAUCAACAGUCAGUAUACUUACCUCCCCCGACUCUGGGUCAAGGAACUCAACCCUCACAACAGCCACCUUCUUAUUCCGAAGUCCAGAAAGACGCAGCCAUUAGCCCACAAGCCCCACAGGAGUACCAAGGAACCCAACAACCCCAGGUUUAUCAAUACCAAUCCCAAAAGAAGAACAAGUAA